ACACGCUUAGGGAAUUGAGCCCUGUUUUUUUGUUAACCUCUGUCAUUGAAGUCUAUUGGCAGAUUAAAACUCAGUGUAAUUCAAACCUGUUUUUGAUUUGACUGUGAAACAUGAGUGCUGCGCUGAAAAAUGUGCUUGUCGUAGGCAGUGGCGGCCGUGAGCAUGCAAUUUGCUGGAAGCUAAUUCAGAGUGUCAAAGUGGCUAAUGUAUAUGCCCUUCCCGGUAGUCCAGGUAUCGCACAGCUGGAAAAAGUUACAGUGGUCACCGAUGUAAGCGUGAAGGAUUUCGAUGCCAUAGUGUCAUGGUGCAAGGAGCACUCAAUACACCUGGUUGCUGUCGGCCCGGAGGAUCCACUCGCUAAUGGUUUGGCCGAUAAGCUAUUAGCCGCUAACAUAAAAUGUUUCGGACCCACACAGAAGGGCGCCCGUAUCGAGUCGGACAAAAAGUGGUCCAAGGACUUUAUGCACCGACAUGGAAUUCCAACUGCAAGGUAUUCAUCGUUUAAUGAAGCAGCGGACGCUAAAGCGUUUAUUCGAAGCGCAUCUUAUGAUGCAUUGGUAGUGAAAGCAAGUGGUCUUGCGGCAGGAAAAGGUGUCAUAGUGGCCGAAAAUCAGGACCAAGCAUGUGCCGCCGUGGAUGAAAUUCUGAGCGACAGGAAAUUUGGUUCCGCAGGUGAUGUCGUCGUGGUAGAGGAAAAGCUGUCCGGCGAAGAGGUGUCUGUACUGGCGUUUGUCGAUUCUAAGACAGUGCGUGUUAUGCUUCCAGCACAAGAUCAUAAGCGGCUAUGUAACGAUGAUCGCGGGCCGAACACUGGAGGAAUGGGUGCCUACUGUCCUUGUCCGAUCAUCAAACCUCAUGAUCUGGAGAUUGUCAGAAGAGAAGUGUUGCAGCGAGCCGUCGAUGGAAUGCGCAAGGAAGGCAUCAAAUACAAUGGAAUAUUGUAUGCUGGUAUGAUGCUUACCCCUAAUGGACCAAAAACAUUGGAAUUUAACUGCCGUUUUGGUGAUCCAGAAACACAAGUGAUCCUUCCUUUAUUGGAAAGCGAUCUAUUUGAUUUGAUGGAGGCUACUUGUGAUGAUCGACUAGAUAGCACUCUACUUAGCUUCCGUGAUGGUGUUAGUGCUGUGGGAGUUGUAAUGGCUAGUAAAGGCUAUCCUGAAACGUCGACCAAGGGAUGUGUUAUAAAAGGUCUUGAUUCGAUUGCGGAUAGAAGAGAUCAUCUUGUUUUUCAUAGCGGAGUAGGAAGAAAUGCUGACGGUGAUUUCGUUACGAAUGGAGGGCGUGUAUUGAUCAACGUAGUUCUACAGACAAGCCUGCGAACAGCGGCAGCAUUAGCUACGGCCGCAUGUUCCGAUGUGAAUUUCGAUGGCUCACAAUACCGGAAUGACAUUGCUCAGAAGGCAUUUAAACAUUUGAGUCUAUCAUACAAAGCAAGCGGAGUCGACAUAGAUGCUGGUGAUGCGCUGGUUCAACGAAUCAAACCGUUGGCUAGAGGAACUAAUCGUCCUGGAGUUAUAGGAGGUCUAGGUGGAUUCGGUGGAUUGUUUCGAUUGAACGAGGUGACUUACGAAAACAGCUGUGGACAACGCGUUCCCUACCAGGAUCCUGUCCUAGUCCAGGGGACGGAUGGAGUCGGUACCAAACUUAAGAUUGCCGAAGCAAUGAACAUGUGGGAUACGAUUGGUAUAGAUCUGGUGGCCAUGUGUGCGAAUGAUGUUCUCUGUGAAGGCGCUGAACCGUUGGCCUUUCUAGACUACAUUGCUUGUGGGAAACUGGACGUACCGAUCGCUGCACAGAUAGUUAAAGGCAUUUCCGAGGGCUGUAGAGAUUCCAACUGUGCCCUCCUAGGAGGAGAAACAGCUGAAAUGCCAUCCAUGUAUGAAUGUGGUAAAUACGACAUUGCUGGAUAUUGUGUUGGUGUUGUAGAACACGAAGCCAUGUUGCCGCGCAUCACGGCUAUACGGGAAGGCGAUUUAGUUAUCGGGUUGCCGUCUAGUGGGAUCCAUAGUAAUGGGUUUAGCCUGGUUAAUAAAAUUUUGAAGACUUGUGGAUUCGAUCUUGAAGACGUGGCUUCAUUUAGCGAGAAUGGAUUUUCAUUCGGUCGCGAAUUGCUGACACCCACGCAACUUUAUGUGAAACCAGUAUUGCCGGUGCUACGAAAAGGCAAAGUGAAAGCUCUAGCUCAUAUAACGGGAGGUGGUUUAAUAGAGAACAUUCCCAGAGUUCUGCCUAGUGACCUGGCGGUACAGAUUGAUGCGAACAGCUUCACAAUUUUACCAGUAUUCGGAUGGCUAGCAGCAAACGGUAACGUUUCUGACUUGGAGAUGCUGAGGACAUUUAAUUGUGGUAUAGGAAUGAUACUGGUGGUACCUGCCGAAGAUAAAACGUGGGAGUCGUUGAAGUCUUUUGAUGGUUCCGUAAUUGGUCAUGUUAUACGUCGAAAAUCGGCAUCAUCCGAUCAAGUGAUUGUGAACAACUUUAGUAAUGCUAUUACUACAGCGUCGGAACCGUAUAGGUCAAAAAGUCAGAGAACUUCCAUUUCAUACAAAGACAGUGGUGUAGAUAUCAAUGCCGGUGAUGAUCUGGUCUCAAAAAUUAAACCGAUGGCCAAAGCAACGGUUAGAAAUGGAUGUAUUCGGGGCUUGGGUAGCUUUGGUGGUCUUUUCCGAUUGAGAGAUGCGAGCCAAUUCAAGGACCCUAUCUUAGUUAUGGGUACGGAUGGAGUCGGAACAAAACUUAAAAUAGCGCAACAGAGCAACCUACACGAAUCGAUUGGUAUUGAUCUCGUAGCAAUGUGUGUCAAUGAUAUUCUCUGCAAUGGUGCCGAUCCUGUGAGUUUUCUAGAUUACUACGCGUGUGGUCGCCUGGAUGUAGACGUUGCGGAAAAGGUGAUUUCAGGGAUUGCAGACGGAUGCUUGCAAAGCGGCAGCGCUUUAGUUGGUGGAGAAACAGCUGAAAUGCCUGGGAUGUAUGAAGAAGGAAAAUAUGAUCUGGCCGGUUUCGCAUUGGGUAUUGUUGAGCGAGAAAAAAUGCUCCCCCAGAUAAACACCAUUGAAGAAGAUGACAUAGUAAUAGGGAUCCCGUCGUCAGGGGUCCACAGCAAUGGAUUCAGUUUGGUGCACAAAAUUUUAGAACACGCUGAUAUUACAUACCAAGAUAUUGCACCUUUCAGUGCAACAGAUAAAACUUUUGGAGAAGAGUUACUUGUGCCGACAAAGAUCUAUGUCAAAGAAUUAUUACCGCUGCUUAAACAUAACGUUGUAAAAGCGCUGGCUCACAUUACUGGCGGUGGUCUUUCAGAAAACAUACCAAGGAUUCUGCCACAAAAUUUCGCAGUAGAAAUCGAUGCCAAAAACUUUCAUAUUCUACCAAUUUUUGGUUGGCUUUCAAAAAUAGGAAAUGUUACUGAACGAGAAAUGCUUCGCACAUUCAACUGCGGUCUCGGCAUGAUUUUGAUCAUAUCCAGCCGGAACGCACCGUUUGUGCUAGAGAAAUUACAAGGAACCCAAGCCACGAUCGUUGGUCGCGUUGUGCCAUAUAAUCCGAAGCAAGAUAAGGUGCAAGUUUUGAAUUUCCCAGAGUCUCUUCGACUAUCACAAAUCACAUGUUGCCAACCUAAAAAACGUAUUGCUGUAUUGAUUUCUGGAUCCGGCAGCAAUCUGCAAGCAUUAAUUGAUGCUACUAGAAGCACCGCAUUCGGAGUGCGUGGAGAGAUUGUCUAUGUCAUUUCCAACAAAAGUGGUGUUUUCGGUUUAGAGCGAGCAGCAAAAGCCGGUAUAGCAUCCACGGUGAUUCUCCACAGAAAGUACCCUACCAGAGAGUUAUUUGAUGCCGCCGUGUCCGAGGAAUUGGAAAAACAACGCAUAGAUUUGGUAUGUCUAGCUGGUUUUAUGAGAAUUUUAUCGGAAGGAUUUGUAAAAAAAUGGAAAGGUCGACUAAUUAAUAUUCACCCAGCAUUGUUGCCGAAACACAAAGGAAUCCAUGCGCAGCGACAGGCUUUGGAAGCAGGUGACUCCGAAUCUGGAUGCACGGUGCAUUAUGUGGAUGAAGGAGUAGAUACCGGAGCAAUUAUUCUGCAGGAGAGGGUACCGGUUGUACCCGGAGACACUGAAGAGACUUUAACGGAUAGAAUUCACCGGGCAGAACAUACAGCAUUCCCAAUAGCAUUGCGAUUAGUUGCUAACGGGUUGGUCAAUUUAGGCAAUGAUGGAAAGGUUAAGUGGUUGUAAUUUCUACCGACUAAAAUGCAUUUUCAUGACAUACUAAUUGUUGUACAAAACAAGUGCAAUAAGAGUACGAAAUAUCUAAGAACUAAGAAUUGUCACCAAAAGACCUUCAAAAGACUGCUACCUACCAAGAAUGUUUUACCGUUUUACUUUAUAACGGGCAACUAACUUUUUUUUAAU